AUGUAUAUAAAGAUGGCCACAUUAGCAAACCGACAAACAGACAAUACCAACCUGAGUAGCAAUCACAGCAACCCCAGCACCAAUGGGCAUAUGAAGGGAUUAAAUCAUAGUCCUAGAAACCCAUCCACCAUCCCAAUGAAGGACCACGAUGCCAUUAAGCUCUUUAUUGGGCAGAUCCCCCGUAACCUGGAUGAGAAAGACCUCAAACCACUCUUCGAGGAGUUCGGGAAGAUCUAUGAACUGACGGUACUGAAGGACAGGUUCACUGGCAUGCACAAAGGCUGUGCCUUCCUAACAUACUGCGAAAGGGAGUCUGCUCUAAAGGCCCAGAGUGCACUGCAUGAACAGAAGACGCUGCCAGGGAUGAACAGACCUAUCCAGGUGAAACCAGCAGACAGAGAAAGCCGAGGAGAGAGAAGAAAAAUCUUUGUGGACAUCUUCAGCAAACAAAGGGAGAGACCAGACCACAGAAGACUGUAUUCCUGGGUCAUGGCAAAUAUUGAAAAAUGCCCAAUUUUGCCUGGCCCAGAUGGCUGCUCAGGGUGUGCAUUUGUGAAAUACUCUUCACAUGCAGAGGCCCAAGCAGCCAUCAGUGCCUUGCAUGGCAGCCAGACAAUGCCGGGAGCCUCUUCAAGCCUCGUGGUGAAGUUUGCAGAUACAGACAAGGAGCGUACAAUGAGACGCAUGCAGCAAAUGGCAGGACAAAUGGGCAUGUUCAACCCCAUGGCCAUCCAGUUUGGAGCAUAUGGUGCCUGUGCACAGGCACUGAUGCAGCAGCAAGCCGCGAUCAUGGCGUCAGUAGCGCAGGGCGGAUACCUGAACCCCAUGGCAGCCUUUGCCGCAGCCCAGAUGCAGCAGAUGGCGACUCUGAACAUGAAUGGCCUGGCAGCUGCCCCCAUAAUGCCAACCUUAGGUAGAAGCACGCCUCCUGGCAUAACUGCACCAGCUGUGCCUAGCAUGCCAUCUCCAAUUGGGGCAAAUGGUUUCACUGGCCUCCUGCCACAGGCUAAUGGGCAGCCCACUGCCGAAGCCGUGUUUGCUAAUGGCAUCCACCCUUACCCAGCACAGAGCCCCCCUGCAGCAGACCCCUUGCAGCAAGCCUAUGCUGGAGUGCAGCAGUAUGAAGGACCAGCUGCUUAUCCUGCUGCUUAUGGCCAGAUUAGCCAAGUGUUCCCACAGCCACCUCCCAUGAUCCCACAGCAACAAAGAGAAGGACCAGAGGGCUGUAACCUGUUUAUCUACCAUCUACCCCAGGAGUUUGGGGAUGCUGAGCUGAUGCAGAUGUUCCUGCCUUUUGGUAAUGUCAUCUCCUCGAAAGUGUUUGUGGAUCGGGCGACAAACCAAAGUAAAUGCUUUGGUUUUGUGAGUUUUGACAAUCCUGCCAGUGCCCAAGCUGCUAUCCAGGCUAUGAAUGGCUUCCAGAUUGGUAUGAAGAGGCUGAAGGUGCAGCUGAAGAGGCCAAAGGAUGCUUAUCGUCCCUACUGA